UCGAAUCGAAUUCUAAGGAAGUUGCCGUCGAAUGUUUAUCUGUUGACGUUGUCCGCGAUGAGCAGUCUUUUCCUCAUAUCGUUGUUCACCUUUUGGCUCGAAGAGUGUGAUUUUUUUUGCAGUCGUGCCAUGAAUAAAGCAAGAGCUCAACGGCACUGUGGAGCAUUACUAAUGGCAUCGUUCGUGUUUAAUUCAUGGAUUCUUUUCGUUGCAAAUGUCGACGAAAUGGGUGAAUGUGAUAUUCUGCCGGAAUAUGAACUACUGUAUGCGGUUAUGAAUACAGUUGAAACGGUACUUUGUAUGGGUCUUCCGUCGUGCAUCAUUUUGAUCUCGAAUUUGUUCGUUGUUCUUCGACUGCAAUCGCAUCUGAAACGAAUUCCAUCCUCUCCAACAGUAUCAUUCCACACGGCUGAUCUGAUCACAAAUUCUGCGGCACAUCCAACGACACUGAAAUCAACAGGUUUAACCAGGUAUGCCUGCAUCUCAUUAGUUUUCCUCGCACCAUGGUCAAAUGCUCGACUAUUCGUUGAUUUCAGAUCAAGUUUUGGCCGUCUAAGCAGUCCUUUCUCGUUGGCCGUCAAUGAUUCGAAUUCGUCGCGUAAACGACGCAAGAGUUUACGGUAUGCGGAUUUACAGCUGACUCGAAGUUUACUGGUGGUGACAUGGGUAUUCAUUGUGCUCAAUCUACCGAAUUAUAUUUACCGUAUCCUGACGCAUGUUAUCGAAAUUGAUAAUCAGAGUGUUGGUAUGCGACAAAUCAGUUUAUUUGUGCAUAUUCUUCUGUACACACAUCAUGCGCUCCUGUUUUAUUUGUACAUUUUCUACAGUCCUCAAAUGAAGAAAAGACUUCUACCAACCGCUCUGAAAUUGCUUGAAUGUUAUUGCUUGAAGCCAUCUGCUGAAGUGUCCGAUCAUACUUGA